AUGUCUACAUCACUUUACAAUUUCAAAAAGAUUACAGUUGUUCCAACAUCUGUGAAUUUGAAAGAUGUUGUUCUUUCAAAAACUCAACGUAAAACUCCAACAGUUGUUCGAAGACAUUGGCAGAUUAGCAGAAUAAGGGCUUUUUAUGCUAGAAAAGUUAAAUUUCUUCAACAGACACUUCAUGAUAAAUUAACUAUGAUUUUGACGGAAUUCCCGAAAAUGGAAGAUGUUCAUCCAUUUUAUGCUGAUUUAAUGAAUAUUCUUUAUGAUAGAGAUCACUACAAAAUAGCUUUGGGUCAAAUGAAUACAGCAAGGCAUUUAAUUGAUGGAGUUGCCAAAGAAUAUGUUAGAUUGCUAAAAUAUGCUGAUUCUCUUUAUCGAUGUAAGACGCUUAAAAGAGCUGCUCUUGGACGGAUGGUUAAGAUUCUGAGUAGACAGAAAUCAAGUUUUGAAUAUUUGGAGCAAGUUCGUCAGCAUUUAAGUCGUUUGCCCAGCAUUGAUCCAAAUACGAGAACAUUGAUUCUUUGUGGUUUUCCAAAUGUUGGCAAAUCUUCAUUUAUUAAUAAAGUUACUCGUGCCGAUGUUGAAGUACAGCCAUAUGCUUUCACUACCAAGUCUCUAUAUGUUGGUCAUAUGGAUUAUCGUUAUUUGCGGUGGCAGGUAAUUGACACGCCAGGUAUUUUGGACCACCCGCUUGAGCAGAGAAAUACAAUUGAAAUGCAAGCGGUUACAGCUCUUGGACAUUUAAAAGCUUCUAUUCUUUAUAUAAUGGAUAUCAGUGAACUUUGUGACCAUUCAAUUGAACAACAAAUAAAACUGUUUGAGAGUAUUCAGCCUCUAUUUGCUAAUAAGCCUGUUUUUGUUGGACUUAAUAAAAUUGAUGUUCUUCGUCGAAAAGAUUUGCCUGCUGAAACGGAAGCACUUUUAAAGAAAUUUGAGAGUGACAACAUUCCAAUUGUUGAAUUGAGCACAUUAACUGAAGAGGGUGUUAUUGAAUUACGAGACAAGGCUUGUGAUGCUUUAUUAGCCCAGCGUAUUGAAAGAAAACUUCAAGCCAAAGGUAAAGAAGUAAAUGGUGAUGGGCAUGUUCUCGGCCGUUUAUUUGUUGCAUAUCCAGAGCCUCGUGAUAACAAAAAUCGUGCACCAUUUAUUCCUGAAGGGGUUUUGAAGAAGCGAGCAGCAAUGGAUUUAGUAGAAGAUGCAAUGGACGAAGAAAAACCAAAGCGAAAAUUGGAAAGGGAAUUAGAGUUGGAACAAGGAAGAAAUUAUAAAUUAGAUUUAAAAAAGCAUUAUUUGUUGAAAAAUGAAGACGAAAAAUAUGACAAAAUUCCAGAGAUUUGGGAGGGACACAACAUUGCUGAUUUUAUUGAUCCACAAGUUGUUGAGAAACUCAAAAAACUUUUGGAAGAAGAAAAACGUCGUGAACAAGCAGGAUUUUAUGAUGCUGAUAUGGAUGAAGAUGAUGAUGAAACAAAACGUUUACUUUCCUUGGCUGAACAAAUAACAGAAAAAGAAAAACUUCGUCGAAUGGAAUCACAAUUUAAUAAAGGUGUUAAUCAGCCAAAGAUUCCAAGAACCGCUGGAAGAAAGCGUGAAAGAAGUAUGUCUAGAUUGGAAAAAGAACUGGGUGAUUUGGGUGUUAAUAUUGAUUCAAAAAGAAUGAAGAAUUUGAAUACUGAACAACAAAGAGAGCAUGUUGGAGGAAAGAAAAUUCGCGUUGGGAGAUCUCCUUCUGUUCCUGUACCUGAACGAACGCCAAGAGAUGUUAAGGGACUUCCAGAUAGAAAGAUUCGAAUUAAAGCAAGGAAAUUGGCAAGAGGUGGACUUAAAAAACUUGGUAGAGCAGCAAGAAAAGGAGAAGGGGAUCGUCAUGUUUAUGAUCUUAAGCCGAAGCAUUUGUUUAGUGGAAAGAGAAGUACUGGAAAGACAGACAGACGUUGAUUUUAUUUUUAGUAUGAAAAGGAUUCUUUGUUAUAUA